GUCAUUGUGUUCUUGACCCCAGGAAGAAGAUGAAGUGCCGGACGACGAGACUCUGAACCAAAUGAUUGCUCGACGAGAAGAAGAAUUUGAUCUCUUCAUGCGUAUGGACAUGGACCGGCGGAGGGAGGAUGCCCGGAACCCGAAGCGUAAGCCCCGCUUAAUGGAGGAAGAUGAGCUGCCCUCCUGGAUUAUUAAGGAUGACGCCGAAGUAGAACGGCUCACGUGUGAAGAAGAGGAGGAGAAGAUAUUUGGCAGGGGGUCUCGCCAGCGCCGGGACGUGGACUACAGCGACGCCCUCACGGAGAAGCAGUGGCUGAGGCACAUCAUGCAAAAUCGACUUUUCACCAUGCCGAGUGUACAUUUUAGUGCAACCAUCACUCCUAUGUACUGCAGAACUCGUUCAUUAUCCCAGCCCGAAAGUAUACACUCCUCGUACACCUAACUCUCCACUCCGUGCCCGGCAACCUCUGUUCUUU